AUGGUGCGCCUCAAAGACCGCUACCUCCUCGUAAACAUCAUCUACAGCGAUGUCCCUCCGGGUCAGGUCAAGGGCUUCGUGCCGGACCUGCUCCUGUACAAUCAACCGACAAGCAACGAGCUGAGGCCGCAGCUGCUGCUCAAGGGCAUCCGCAGCGAAGUGGCCGCCCUCUUUGGCGACUGCGGCUUGGGAGCCGUGGACAGGAGUCUUCAGGUAAAAUACCUCUCUCCCGCCACUUCCACUUUCAUCCUGCGCGUCUCGCGCGCCCACUAUCGCCUCGUCUGGGCGGCCCUCGCCUUCAUGAAUUGCGUGCCCAUCCGCGACGGCAGGCCCUGCGUUUUCCGCGUCGUGCGCGUCAGCGGCACCAUCCGCAAGGUCGAGGAGGAGGCCGUGCGCCGCGCCAAGUUGUUGGUCCUCGCCGCCAAGGACGAGAUGGCCAGCAAGAGCUCGUCGUCCGACGCCCUGGGCGCUCUCCUGCGCAGCGACAACAGGCAGUCCCGCAGUCUGGCCAUGCUGGGAGGUCCCAAGGACACUGAUGACAUCCCGGAGUCUGGAGACGGCGGUGUGUCCGCGUCUGACGACGGGUGA